ACCCGAAAGAGCGGUCAUUACACGUAACGAUGUAAAUAAAUAGAAAGAUCUGGGUUAGUAAAAUGUUUCAAGAAAUCUGACGCUACACGAGCGUAAAGAAUAAAUUCUGCUGAAGAUAAACAGGUUUUAAAUUCUAAAUAUUCACCACCCCUCACGUGAAUAACAUCUGACAGGUUUGUAGAGCUGAUAUAAAUAGUUCACAUGGUGUUCACGAUCAUCAUUCCAUGUAAAUCAACAUGAGCGAGUUUGACCCUUUAAUUAACCAUGGCGCUCGGGAGUCGUUCUACCACAAGACCAUCCGUCCAUCGUUGGCCGAGUUUAUUGGAACCACCGUUUUCGUGUUCGUUGGCUGCAUGGCGGUCCAAACCAAUGAUGUGGGAUCUAUAGCCCUAGCUCACGGCCUGGCCAUAGCGCUCCUUGUCACGGGUCUUGGAAAAAUCAGUGGUGGCCACUUUAAUCCUGCUGUUACCCUUGGUGUAACGAUUUCUGGGGGUAAUCCCAUUGUGGUCAGCAUUUUUUAUUUCCUGGCUCAGAUGCUUGGUGGAAUGGUUGGCGCCGCCUUUGCUCUCGCCGUGCUACCUGAAUCAGUGUAUAAGGAUAUAAAGGGAGGGACACACACGCUGGGAGAUGGUGUUUAUCCGGGCUGGUCCAUACUUGCCGAGGGCAUACUGACGUUCUUGCUUGUAUUUACUGUUCUUAUGACGGCUGUGGACGAAGAAAAAAGUAACCUGGCCCCCCUGGCUAUUGGCUUUGCUGUUGCUGUCGACAUCAUUGCUGGUGCCAAGACAACCGGUGCAUCGAUGAACCCCGCCAGAAGUUUCGGCCCCGCUGUAGCAUACUCCAAAUACGGUGACGUUUGGGAACACCAUUACGUGUACUGGGUGGGCCCCACCGCGGGUGCCAUCGCUGCGGCUGUGAUUUAUAGGCUCCUUUUUGCAUCAGGAAACAGAAGAUUCUACGCAGAACGUUAGCUGGUUCUCCAGUGCGAAGUGAUCUUGAUAUUAGUUCUUUCCAUUUUUUUUCCAAUCUUUACAUGUACAUAUGUUUUUGAGCAAUGUUCUGUUUGUCAUGCUUUACACUUGUUUGUCGUAAUAA